AUGGAAAGUAAAACAGAUAUAAUAUAUGAUGAUGAGGAAGAGGGUGAGGUGGUUAAUUGGAAAGUCACCGAUGGUGCUUACGUAUCUGCUGAUGCUGUUCUUCUCAUCUACGAUAGUAAAAGUGGUGAGAAAAAAUCGUUAAAAGCUUCUGUAUCCGGUGUUGUUAGCAUUGAUACUACCAUUAAAAAAGGGAAUAAAUUAAAAAAAGGUAUGACUGUUGCCAGUCUACGAGCCUGUAGUCAUGCAAUUGUUAUCAAAGAUAUGUGCGCAUCGUGCGGCAAAGAUUUAAGAGGUAAGCCAGGAACAUCUGGAGAUUUAGCGGAAGCCAGUACUGCAAACGUAUCGAUGAUACAUCAUGUUCCUGAACUGAUCGUUUCUGAUGAGCUGGCUCGAAAGAUAGGCAAUCGAGAUCGUGAACUGCUCUUAAAAGCACACAAAUUGGUGUUGUUGGUUGAUUUAGACCAAACACUUAUACAUACAACCAAUCAUACUUUUAACUUGGAAAACGAUACGGAUGUUUUGCAUUAUAAACUAAAAGGGACUGAUUUUUACACUAAAAUUCGUCCACAUGCACACGAAUUUUUGCGACGUAUGGCUAGCCUCUAUGAAAUGCAUAUAAUCAGUUACGGCGAAAGACAAUACGCACAUCGUAUCGCGGAAUUUUUAGAUCCUGAGAAGAUAUAUUUUGGCCACAGGAUAUUGUCACGCGAUGAAUUAUUUUCUGCAAUGUAUAAAACACGAAAUAUGCAAGCGUUAUUUCCAUGUGGUGAUCAUAUGAUUGUAAUGAUUGAUGACAGGCCUGAUGUUUGGCAAUACUCAGAUGCUCUUAUUCAGGUUAAACCAUAUCGAUUCUUUAAAGAAAUUGGUGACAUUAAUGCUCCAAGAAACGAGAAAGGUGAACCAAUUCUUUCUGGCAGUUACGCAGAACAAGAUAUGGAAUCAGAAGAUGAUGAAACACUGGAAUAUAUUGCUCUUGUCCUGACCAAAGUACAUAGUGCUUUUUAUGAGCUCUUUGACAGUGCAAAAGUAAACCGUUUUCCGGACUUGAAAGGAAUAAUAUCAUAUCUUCGAAAACAAGUGUUACGUGAAUGCUCGAUAGUACUCAGUGGCAUUGUACCCGUUGGUGUUGAUAUUAAGAAAACAGAAGUGUAUCGUUUAUGUGUGCAGUUCGGUGCAGUUGUUACUGACAACGUGAAUAAUUCCACAACUCACGUGAUCGCGGCACGAUGGGGCACAACGAAAGUUCAUGAAGCAGAAAAACUAUCAAAUAUACACAUAGUGAAUCCCAAAUGGUUAUUUACCUGCGUCGAAAGAUGGGAAAAGGCGGAUGAAAAAGAAUUUGAAUUAUUGAAAGAUGAAGCACGAAGCACGGAAAAACUUCAAGGUGGCAUUAUCGUCGUUGAUGAAAUCUCAAGAUUGCCAACACUUGGUAAAGAAACUUUGUCGCUUAUGACUGGCGAAGUUGAUGAAGCAUUAUCAGAGGAUGUAUCCGAUAAUGAUGAUGAAAAUCUAGAAGAAAAAUCAAUGAAAACUUUAUCCUCAAAAGAAGAAAGUUCUGUGAAACGAAGAUCAGAAGAGAACGAGGAGGAAGAUAGUGCUUCAUCCGCUAAGAAACAAGCUUUAGAAAAUGUGGAAGAGAAUGAAUCUGAGAAAUCAUCGUGCUCUGUUGAAUCAGAAUCAGGUGAUGACGAUAUGGCAGCUGAUGUUGAACGGCAAUUUUUUGCAAUGUAA